AUGUUGCCAGCUGGUGUUAUUUUGGUCUUCGUCCUAAUCUUUUUGGCCUUCUGUGCUGUUGCCGGUACCGUCGGCUACAAGAAGAUUCAAGCUAGAAAGGCCGGUCUACAAAAGUUCUAA